CCAGUGUAUCUAACGGAGCGGAAUCCUCGGGCUGGCUCUGUCCUUCUGCAAACAUGUCCAGCCCGAAGAACAAACCGGGCCGGAACCCUGCAGAGAGUCACCGGCAAGAGUCCGCGCAGCUGCUGAUCUUCAACUUCUUGCUGAUCCUCACCCUGUUGACAAUUUGGCUUUUUAAACACCGGAGAGUGCGCUUUCUGCAUGAGACUGGCGGGGCUAUGUUUUACGGUCUGAUAAUGGGACUGAUCCUACGUUAUGCCAUUCCGUCCCCUGAUCCUGAAAACAGUAUCGUGCACAGUUGUGAGAAUGUGACCACUAGCCCUGGGACUUUGCUGCUAAACGUUACAGACCGCUUAUACGAGUAUGAAUUCAAGCGGGAGAUUGCCAAACACAACGCGAAUAAUCGGCAGGGGAAUGAGAUCCUUCGGAAGGUCACGUUUGAUUCGGAAAUUUUCUUUAAUGUCCUCUUACCUCCGAUAAUAUUCUACGCUGGAUACAGCCUGAAAAAGAGACAGUUCUUCAGGAAUUUGGGGUCAAUUCUAACCUAUGCUUUCAUUGGCACUGCCAUUUCCUGUAUUGUGAUUGGGGGCAUCAUGUACGGUUUUGUCACGGCAAUGGUCAACCUCGGCCAACUGAACAAACGUGACUUCUACUUCACUGACUGCCUACUGUUCGGAGCUCUGAUUUCAGCGACAGACCCAGUGACCGUGCUCGCCAUCUUUCACGAGCUCGACGUAGACGUCCAGCUGUACACGCUGCUGUUUGGGGAGAGCGUUCUGAACGACGCGGUCGCCAUUGUCCUGACAUACUCCAUCUCCAUAUACAGCCCGACGGACAACCCAGAUACAUUUGAUGCUGCUGCUUUCUUCAAAUCGGUUGGAAACUUUGUUUGGAUUUUUGCUGGUUCAUUUGCCAUGGGGUCAGCAUAUGGCGUUGUCACAGCUUUGUUAACGAAAUUCACCAAACUCUGCGAAUUCCCAAUGCUGGAGACUGGGAUCUUUUUCUUAUUGUCCUGGAGUGCAUUUCUCUCAGCAGAAGCCAGUGGCCUUACAGGAAUUGUUGCUGUGCUCUUCUGUGGAAUCACACAAGCUCAUUACACCUACAAUAACCUUUCCGAUGAAGGAAAGAUGAGGACGAAGCAGCUCUUUGAGUUUAUGAACUUCAUGGCUGAAAACUUCAUCUUUUGUUACAUGGGUGUUGCUCUGUUCACCUAUCAGAACCACAUCUUCAAUGCACUCUUCAUUUUUGGAGCCUUUAUUGCCAUCUUUGUGGCACGGGCUUGCAAUAUCUAUCCUCUGUCAUUCCUACUCAACCUGCGACGUAGAAGAAAAAUCCCUUGGAACUUCCAGCACAUGAUGAUGUUUGCAGGGCUACGAGGUGCCAUUGCAUUUGCCCUGGCAAUCCGGGACACCGACUCAAAACCCAAGCAGAUGAUGUUCACCACAACGCUGCUCAUUGUGUUCUUCACCGUCUGGGUCUUCGGAGGAGGGACCACCCAGAUGCUCACGUGGCUUCACAUCAGGGUGGGUGUAAAUCCAGAUGAUGAACUUAACAGGGAAAGUGUAUGUGUGAACAGUGGUAGUCAGCAGGAGGUAAGCAACACCAAGGCUGAAAGUGCAUGGCUGUUUCGGAUCUGGUACAACUUCGAUCACAAAUACUUAAAGCCAGCGUUGACACAUUCCGGUCCACCGCUCACAACAACGUUGCCAGCCUGGUGUGGUCCCAUUGCUAAGCUACUGACCAGCCCUCAGGCGUACCAGGACCGUCAGAAGGAAGAUGACACAGAUUAUAUAAUCAAUAACGAUGAGCUGUCGAUGUAUUAUGAAGACAAAGCAGUGCCUGCUUCCAGCUCGGGGGAGGAGCCAGGAAAGAAUAUUCCUAACCAAGAGCAACCAGGGGACAAGGAUAUCUUCCAUGAAGGAUAAAUUCAAUGAACCGUCGGCGCUACCUCUAAAUAGAUUCCAGGUGGCUGUGCAUUUGAAAUUGUUUUUUUGGCACAUUUUUUGGUGAGGGAACAAGAUAAAAAGGGAGAUUGAAAAGCUCCUAUUUACUUAGACCAAUUCAACUACUCCAGUUCUUAUGUUCCUAUUUGUACAUUCUCCUGCUUAGCAGUCUCAAAACUGUCUCAAUACUAAAAUCCAAACCCACAGCCAGAGCAGCUGGACCAAUACUUAAACGGUGAGUUCAUGAAUUCCUAACAGUAACAAGCCUGAGACCAAAAGGCUAUCUGUUGACAUUUUUGGAAGAAUGUUAUUUUAAUUCUGUCCAGAGCCUUGGGAAUUUGCCUGACCAAUCAAAUUUGUGUAACUGCACUGACUUUGAUGGCUUUUUCCUUUGAAAAGCUCUUUGAUGUCGUACUAAACUUUGCUCCUUUCUGUCUAUGAUAUAAAACAAGCCCCUGCUAGUGCCUCUUUGCAGUCAUGCAGAAAUGAUUCCUGUGCAGACUUCGCAAUAGUGCUCGGUUACUGCUGAAGAAGUACCUUUGCACUAUUAUGGAAACUUUCAAAAGUUAAUUAACAUAAAUGUAAUUGUACCUUUCUGUAUUCUUAGUAAUCUUGAAGGGUGUUAGAAUCCCAAAGGUCAGUGGUACUUUUCUUAUAAUGUAACAUUACAUUCCACUGUUCUGUUGGUGUAAUGGAUUGAAUUUCGGUUAUGUUCUUCAUAGUCUCUGGUAAUGGUUGACUAAGACAGGUCACCUAUAAACUGAAAAAAUUAUGGAACUCAACUAUUUCAGUGUCUUAGUAAAUAAAUGCAUUGUUUGAAGUCUUCUGGAAUCCUGUGCUUUGCGUUAUGCCGUGGUAUGAACCCAUACAGAUCAGAAAGUCCCAACAAUGAUCCUGGACAGGAGUCAACAUCUAACAAUGAACUUCACGGCCCCUGGGCUGGGGAGAAGUAUAGAAGCAUCUACUGUGGAAUUGCUACCCUUUCUGGAUACAGAAAGGAUUGAGGGUGUAAGACUGUGACAAAAAGCCUGACAACACUCAUUCCCAUAGCUCACAUCUGGAAGUAAGGUAGUGGAGGCUGUCAGUGCUCACAAAACUACCAAAGUGGGAAGUUGAUUUGGGGGCCCACUGCUUCCAAAGCUCCAGCCAGAAGGGUGUGUAGGUGCCAGUGUUGUACUGGAGUGGACAAGGUCAGAAGUCGCACAAUGCCACGUUAUAGUCCAGCAGGUUUAUUUGAAACCGCAAGCUUUUGUCAGGUGAUGAAGGAGCGGCGCUCUGAAAGCUUGUGAUUUCAAAUAAACCUUUUGGACGAUAACCUGGUGUCAUAUGAUUUCUGACCUUGUCCAGCUUGGAAAGGGAAGAACAAAGUUUUAGCAAGAAUGAUGAGAUUAGAUUCCCUACAGAGUGGAAACAGGCUAUUUGAUCUAACAAGUCCACACCAACCCACUGAACAGUAACACACCCAGACCUAUUCUCCUACGUUUACCCCUGAGUAAUGCACCUAACACUAUGGGCAAUUUAAUACAGUCAAUUCACCCAACUUGCACAUCUUUGGACUGUGGGAGGAAACCCGCACAGAUACAGGGAGAAUGUGCAAACUCCACACAGAUAGUUGCCUGAGGCUGGAAUUAAACCCUGGUCCCAGGUGCUGUGAGGCAGCAGUGCUAACUAUUGAGCCACUGUACUGCUGCUUAGAGGUAGGAAUCUGGCUUUCUGAUCACUGGGUUUCAAUAAAGGCUUCCAAAAUACGUUUGAUGCUGGGCAAUUAACAUUUCAAAACCGUGAUUGAUCUCUUUCUGUUAGGAAAGGUUAUUAUGGGUUAAAGAAUCAAAGCAGCUGGGAUACAGACAGAGCCAUGAUUUAACUGUGUAGCAGAGGAGGCUAGAUACUUCCUUAAGGUAGAUGCUACUUAUAACAGAAUGUAAACAGUAUGUUGGAUUAGGAUUUGUCUGAAAGGCUUCGCUCCAUCACAUUUAACAUGCACCUCCUGGGGGAAAAAAAGGGAAGAUUAUGUUUCUGCAUCUGAGUUAAACCGAAUUGUUCAAAAAAAAAGUACUGUCAGUAUUUGUUGGUGUAAAUGUUGCUGUGAAAUAGCUAAUGAGGUUCUCCAAUUCUUUCCGAUAUACCUAAAAUUCAAACCAAUCUAAUACUGUACAUAUUUUAUACAGGCUACACUUAGCCCUUGUCAUGAUCGUAACUUCACAGACUGUUAAUCUCUGUUAUAUUGUUAACUAUUAUUUGUGAAAUAACCUUUUAUCUCUUUGGGUUUGCAAUGAACGGGAUGAAAGUCUGUUCUGAAAUUUUCUGGAACUUUGUAUUAUGCAUUAGUAAAUUUGCUGUAAUAGAGACAUUGGGUAAUCUUACAACAGACCCUGCAGCUCAUGUAGAGCAAUGCCAUUUCUCUUACAUUUGGAGUGAUCUCCAAGAAACAGAUGAAGGCAUCAUUUUGUCUUACAUCAUUGGAGAGGCUACGAAAAGCAGUAUCUAACCUUUCUCAGUAUGUGUGUGCUGCAGAAAUAUAAAACAUACAGUUGUCAUCUUUGCUUUGUCACACAUAUUGGAGACAGUCAAAUCCUUUGACAUUCAGACAAGAUGAUUUUAGUUAGCUCUCAGAUAGUUUAUAAGGAGUCUCAUGGUAUGAUAACGCGGGACUUCAUGAACCAGAAAUAGAAAUAAACAAAAAACAAAAAAAUUUCCAGCCCAGGAACAGGCCCUUCGGCCCUCCAAGCCUGAGCCGAUCCAAAUCUACUGUCUAAACCUGUCGCCCAAUUCCUAAGCAUCUGUAUCCCUCUGCUCCCCACCUACUCAUGCAUCUUAAAUGAAUCUACCGUACCUGCCUCUACUACCUCUGCUGGCAACGCGUUCCAGGCACCUACUGUGUAAAGUACUUGCCGCAUGUAUCCUACUUAAACUUUUCACCUCUCUCCUUGAAAGCGUGGCCUCUCGUUAUUGAAUCCUUCACCCUGGGAAAAAGCUUAUCUCUACCUACCUUAUCUAUACCCUUGAUGAAUGGUGAACUUUAAUUUAAUUCAAAACAAAGUCUUGAUUUACCUUCAUGAAAAUGAUGUUGACAAAACGGAAGGACAAACAAUAAAUCAUACGUGGCAAAACCUUGAAAUAUCGAUUCAGUAACAGAGGCUGCACAGGGAAGGGAGGUUUUUUGUGUGUUUACUCAGGGGAUACAGGCCCAGCAUUUAUUGUCCAUCCCUAAUUGUCCAAAGGUCAAUUAAGAGCCAACCACAUUCCUGUGGGUCAUGUAGGUCAAGCUGCCAGAUUUCCUUUUCUAAAGGACAUUAGUGAACCAUAAUCCAUGUUAGUUACUAUGGUCACUAUUACUGACACUAGCUUUACAUUUCAGGUUUUUAAUGAACUGAAUGUAAUUAGCUUCAGUCUCUGGAUUACUGUACCUGUGGCAUUACUAUCACAAACUUAACAUUUUUCUAUAAAAGAUGGUGGAAAACGAAUGACCCUCUGUCAUAUCAGCAUCCUACACUAUUUUAAUUGAAAUUGUGGAAAAAUUGCUUCUUAACUGAUAUUUCUUUGACUCUCUCAGAUUAUGUACCGUCGAGAAUCAAAAUAGUUGUUGUCUUUGUUGCUACCACAAGUAGACAUUCCCAAAAAUCACCAUCUCCAUCACAGGCAGUGCCUAACUACCAAAGAAAAUGGCCAAAGUUAAACAAAAGAGCAAGAAUUAAAAGUAGCAAACUACCUAUCUGAAAUCCUGUCUUCCUUUCCAAAAACUAACUUUAAACAAACUUGCCUGUCAUGUAUUUUCUGUACCAAGGGUGUAAGAUGCCUUCGCAGUGUGACCUGUUAUAACUUGGUGCACUUUCACAAUGGAAAUAAAGUGAAACAAUUUCAA